AUGACGGCGCCGCGUUCUGCCUGGUCCAUGGCGACCCCUAUGUUGCUGUUCUCCUGCUUCUGUCUACUCACAGGCGAUAUGCUAUUUGGGUUUGACACGGGCAGCUUUGGAGGCAUCCUUGGAAACCCGGGAUUCGUCAAACAAUUCGGCAGCUAUAACGCAGAAACACAAUCAUACGAAAUCGAUUCACUGCAUACAUCGCUCCUGUCGUCCCUGCCCUUUAUUGGCAAGUUCAUCGGCUGUUUUGUCGCGGGUCCGAUGAUCGAGAAGUACGGGCACCGUGUGGUGUUUCAUGCUCUUUCGGUCAUCUCGAUCAUCGGUGUCAUUAUUGAAAUUACUGCCGCCGAUUCUGGUGCUGGAACUGGGCGCCUUGCGCAAUUCAUUGUGGGCCGAAUCAUUGUCUACAUCUCUGUUGGUCUAGUAGAGGUUGAUGUGACUACAUAUCAGUCGGAAAUUGUCCCGGCAUCGUUCCGUGGUCUUGUCGUGGUCUCCCUGCAGCUCUUCCUAGUAGCAGGAGGACUCAUUGCCAGUGGAGCAAACAAGGCCUACGAAACAGAGUCAGACGGUGUAGGAUGGAAGACGGUAACAGGGAUUCAGCUUAUAUUCCCUGUCUUGAUUAUUAUAUGCACCAUCUUCAUACCAAACUCCCCGCGCUGGCUUCUCUCCAAGGACCGCGACGAGGACGCUAUUGCGUCCCUUCGUAAACUACGCCCGGAAGAAGACAGGUCGAAUGGUGCUUGCGAUGAAGAGCUCCGAGAAAUCCGAGAGGGCCUGCACGAGGUCGUCCACAAAGCCGCGUGGAUAGACCUCGUCAAGGGUAACAACCUCCGGCGCACCACGAUAGUCGUCGUUUGUUACUUUUUUCAGCAGGCAACCGGCCAAGCGUUUGUGUCUACGUUCCAGACGAAAUUUUACCAACAGAACGGCUACGAAGAGCAUGCAUAUACGUAUCCAAUCAUCAGCAGUGUUCUCAAUCUCGUGGCAGUGUUCCUGGCCAUGGCCUUGGUUGACAGGCUUGGCCGCCGAUACACGCUGUUCCUCAGUUAUUCCCUCCAGACGUUGUGGAUGUAUGUGCUUGCUGGCCUUGGAGGACUGGCGCAUGCGACGACCGCUUCUAGAAACACCAUUGUCGCGUCUUUCAUGCUAUACACUGUCUUUUACAACGCUGGUGGCGGCUCAAUCCCAUAUCUACUUGGUGCUGAAAUUCCCAACGCGGCUGUUCGAGAGAAGACACAGUCGGUCGGGACAGCCUGGAAUGUUAUCUGGGCGUUCGUAACUAACUUCAUCAUCCCGUACAUGCUGGAGCAUAUCCACUUCGAUGUCGGAUGGGUCUUUGGCAGUGUUUCCCUUGUAGCGUUGGUAUAUACAUUUUUCUUUCUCCCAGAGACUAAGGGUCGGACGCUUGAAGAACUGGAUGCAGUUUUCGCCUACGCAUAUAAUCCCUUCCGAAGGGCUGAUGGGUACUACAACAAUGAACCUGGAGCCGAAGCUCCUAAGGAGGGUGAUAUUCAGCCUUGCGCCAGCACUGAUACUGGAAAGCCAGAUUUGGUACACAGUCCAUAA